GAAUAGAGAAUCACAUGACACGUCUCGCGAACGCUUAUGUCAGACAUACUUAAGAACAAUCCAUCGUUUGGGACUACUUUCCUCCAGCAGUCGAGGACAGACGUUUAUUAUCAUUGAACGCGCAACCACCGUUCCACCGAUCGAAUUCAGUUGCCUAAUAUUAAAUUGGCGGGCUAUAUUUUUCGGGACACAGGAAUCAAAGCAUCUGCCAGGCCUUACAAUCCCGGAUGAGUUCAUAAACCCGCGCGCUAAUUUCUGUGCAUCGCAAUGUCAAUUCAUGAUCCUUCGUGCCGGAUUCAGUGAUCUGUGUAGUGAAAAUAGUGCGCAUACUUAAAAACAAUAUUUCACAAGGAAUGUACAUCAUCAGCGCACAGACCAACCGAGGAACAACCACUCCGAGUUGCAGUCAAGGUCAAGGACAAUCGAUCCUAAGACACCGCACAGCAGCCAAAAUCCAGUCAAGAGCAACAUGCUCGAUAAAUCCCACCCGCACACGCGCACGAAAUGGAAGCACACGAAAUUCAGGAGCCUGUCCGUUCCUGGCGACGACAUAUCACGAACUGACGGAUCGGCGAGUUCGUGGGUUCGUCGUCACCCUGGUCGAACGUUACGGAGACGUCCCUUUUCUGAGGUUGCAUCUGCGCCGAGGGCAUCCAACCAUGAAGCCGGCUUCCAACCGGUGGCUGCAAAUCGAGAGGACCGAUAUGACCAUUCUGAGAUCGGAUUGCGUUUGGUGGGGACCGGCACGCGCGUCUUUCUGGACGUUUGCGGGCACCUAGCAGAAAUUUUCGGAGAUCUGGGUCCAGAUCUGUGGGCUGAGAUUGUAUCUAACUUCCAGCAUUUGAAUUUUGUAGGUGCACGUGCCACUUGAUUAAUUUACGCCGGGAACCGAACUGUUAAGUAUGGAUUGCGAGACGGGUGGAAUCAUCUGUGUUUCGGAAUUGUUUUGAAUUUGCUACAGUGUUUUAUUGUGAUUUAUUUUGAUAUAAUGGAGGAAAUUUUGUUAGUAAUUGUAGAUGAUGUUGAAGCUUUCUGCAUUCUUUGAGGAACUUUCUUCAAAUAAAUGUACUAUUUAUCAUUAGGCUGAGGAUUUUAAGCGUUUGUGAUAAAAAUGAGUAGGUUAACUGAAAAACAAUAAAAGUAUUCAAACAAUUCAAA